AUGGAGCACCACGAACAUCAGAUACAGUUUUUACCAAAAGAUCCGCUCGAAAUAGACUACGAGGCGUUACCAGAAGAUGCAUCCUUGGUGGCUCAUUUGAGUGCUGGUGCGUUGGCCGGUAUAGCUGAACACACAGUCAUGUUCCCUAUAGACUCAAUCAAGACGAGAAUGCAAAUGAAUUUGUCUACCAAGGAUUUGUCUCGUGGAUUAGUGAAAUCUAUAUCGAGAAUCAGUUCAACCGAAGGAUUUAGAGCCUUGUGGAAAGGUGUAUCGUCGGUAAUAUUGGGUGCUGGACCAGCACAUGCAAUUUAUUUUUCGGUAUUUGAAUCGACAAAGACAUUUCUUGUCAAUAAAUUGACAAAUUCGCCUCACUCAACCAAGUUGGUCACGGACGCCAACCACCCACUUAUAGCCAGUUGUGCUGGUGUUGCUGCCACCACUGCUUCCGAUGCCUUGAUGACCCCCUUUGACAUGUUGAAACAAAGAAUGCAAGCUAGUGCUGCAUAUACUGAAAACAAAUCAACCUCGGUAAGGUUGAUCAAGUUGGCCCGUGAUAUAUAUAAAAAAGAGGGUAUUUACGCCUUUUUCAUUUCAUAUCCAACUACAUUAUUCACCAAUAUUCCAUUUGCUGCAUUGAAUUUUGGAUUCUACGAAUACAGCUCAUCAUUGCUCAAUCCAAAUAACUCAUACAACCCAUACUUGCAUUGUGUUAGUGGUGGUAUAGCGGGAGGUGUUGCAGCCGCUUUAACUACGCCGUUGGAUUGUAUUAGGACCGUCUUGCAAACCAAAGGUAUAUCACAGAAUGAAACAUUGAGACAUGUGACUGGAUUCAAUAGUGCUGCUAAAGCAUUAUACAAGCAAGCUGGGUAUGCUGCCUUUUGGAAAGGUCUCAAACCAAGAAUAAUAUUUAAUAUCCCCGGUACUGCUAUAUCGUGGACAGCAUAUGAAUUUUGUAAAGAGAUUUUGAUUAAAGGAUAG